ACAUCAUUGUUUUCAUUGGCUCAUUUUGUUUCUACAGAUGAUAAAGCAAACAGUACGCAAAAAAAGAAAACAAAAGCAUUUGGUUUGUCAUAGAUUGUAUUUAUACACAUACGAAAGUGAAUUCAAUUGAAAAUUAGUUAAAUAUGGGCAAUCACUUGGUUGGAAUUGCUCCAUCGCAAAUUUAUCCCGUCGAACAUUAUUUGAUGGGGUCAUUUGAAUCAGAUUUACAAUAUGAAUCAAGCAUGGGCAGUACGAGAUUUUUUAAAGUGGCCAGAGUUCGUUCGGAUGAAGGGCUAAUUGUGAUUAAAGUAUUUGUUAAGCAUGAUCCGAGUUUACCAUUAGAAACGCAUGCAGAUCGUGUUAUGUACAUACAAAAAUCAUUAGCAAACGCUGUGAAUUGUUUGCCAUUUCAACGUGUUCAAGUCACCGAAAAAGUGGCAUUGGUUAUGCGUGAAUACGUAAAACAUAGCCUUUAUGAUCGUGUCUCGACCCGACCAUUUCUAACAUCGUUGGAAAAGAAAUGGAUCACAUUUCAAGUGUUGUGUGCACUGCAUCAAUGUCAUCGUCAAAAGAUUUGCCAUGGUGAUAUUAAAUUGGAAAAUAUUUUGAUUACAUCAUGGAAUUGGAUUUUGCUAUCUGACUUUGCUUCAUUCAAACCAACAUAUUUGCCCGAAGACAAUCCAGCUGAUUAUACGUAUUUCUUUGACACAAGUCGACGACGAACAUGUUACGUAGCACCAGAAAGAUUCGUGAAAUCACUAUCAAACGAUGCAAACAAUGCCAAAAGUGGCAUCCUAAUCGGUGGUAGUUCGCUACUUUCAGCAUCAAUAAUGGACGGACUACAGUCAAGCGAACAAAAUAAUACGGCAAAUCUUUUGCCUGAAAUGGACAUUUUUUCGGCUGGAUGCGCACUUUUGGAAUUGUGGAGCGACGGAACGGCAGCAUUUGAAUUUUCACAGUUGCUCGCUUAUCGAAAAGGAGAUUUAGAAUUGGUGACUAAACACUUGGACAAAUUGGGCAAUGAAAAUUUGCGAAAUUUAAUCGCAUCGAUGAUCAGCCGUAAUCCAACCGAUCGUAAAUCGGCUGAAGUUUACUUAGACGAACAACGUGGAAAACUAUUCCCCGAUUACUUUUACACAUUUUUGCAAUCGUAUAUGCAAAUGUUUUCAUCACUUCAAAUUCUACCGCCUGAUGAUAAAAUUAUGCGUCUUCACUCUGAUAUCAAGCAAAUUAUUGAUAUAUUUUUACCGACCAAUAAUGAACAAACAAACCGAACCAUUCCCGACGACGAUGGAUUGAUUUUAAUAACAGCUGUGGUCACAUCAUGCAUUCGAGGCCUAAAGUAUUGUAAAACGAAAAUACAUUGCUUAGAAAUUUUACAACAAUUAUCCAUGUACACAACAUCUGAAACUGUGUUAGACCGAAUUCUACCAUACAUUCUACAUUUAUGCAAUGAUCCAGCAGCCCGAGUGCGAGUCAGUGCACUUGAUACAUUGACCAUGUGCAUUCGCUUAGUCAAAGAUCCACCACGAAACGAUGCAAAUAUAUUUCCCGAAUAUGUUCUUCCGUCAAUCGCUCCAUUGGCCAUGGAUAAUUCGGUUGUGGUGAGAAUUGCAUAUGCUAGAAAUGUUGCCGAUAUUGCUGAGACGGCACUCUAUUUCCUGGACAAAACUCAAUUGAUAAGCGCUCAAGAUGUGACAACGGUCCGUUAUGAAGCCGAAUUGAGUACGUUACAUGAAAUGCUACAUCAAACUGUGUCCCAUUUGUUGACCGAUCCACAGCCAAUAGUCAAGCAAACGGUCAUGGAAUGUGGCAUUAAUAAAUUAUGUGUAUUUUUUGGUCGACAAAAAGCAAAUGACUUGAUUCUAUCGCAUAUGAUAACGUUUUUGAAUGACAAAGAGGACAAAAAUUUGCGCGGCUCAUUUUUCGAUAGUAUUAUUGGUGUUGCAACAUUUGUUGGUUGGCAAUGUUCCGAUAUUUUAAUUCCAUUGCUACAACAAGGCCUAACCGAUUCCGAAGAACUUGUUAUAGCCAAAGCGAUUCGAGCAACAACAGCACUGACAACACUUGGCUUAAUUCAAAAAUCAGCAUUGUCUGAAUUCAUCACAGAAUGUGCCUGCUAUUUAAAUCAUCCAAAUUUAUGGAUACGUCACGAAGUGUGCGGCCUAAUAUCAAGUGCAGCAGAGAUUUUUGGAGCUAUUGAUGUUCAGUGUAAAAUUAUGCCAGCCAUCAUCAAUCAUCUGAAGUGUCCAUUAAUUCAAGUUGAAAAAUCGGAAAUUUUAAUGGACUGUUUGCAACCAUCAAUACCACGCAAUAUUUAUGACAGUGUUGUUCGAUUUACGGAAUUGGAAUCGUUCUUCACGUUGCUGGAAGAACGGAAAAAAGCACGCGACAGCACCAUUGACUCACUUCCACAACACUGUGAAAUGACAUCGCCCGUAAGAAACUUCUUCCGACGAAUAUCGUGCGAAGGUUUAACUGACACCGUAGAAAAACAGAUUUUAUCAAUGAAAUCGUCGAUACUAAAACUGAACAAAUAUCUUAAAAAAGUUCCUGCUGAUAAAUACUCAACAAAUGGAAAAAUUUUCAUUGAUUCAACAUUAGAAAUUGGAAAAGAGCUCGUACUGGUCGACAGUAAAAAGCAAUUGAUAUCGAAUCGAAAAUCGGAUGCAGACAGUUCGAAUUUAGAAUGGCAACGAAUGUAUCCACAUUCCGAUAAAUCAACGUCACCUGGGAGUGAAUAUCAUUCAUCCGGAGUGAGCUCGAGUGCUCAUUACAAUGAUACACCGUCGACGUCAUUAGUUGAAUACAGCAUGCCCGAAAAGAAUUUUAUUCAAGAACGCAGUUCGGAUUGUCGAAAUGAACUGCAUAUGUUGCAUAACAAAUUAAAAGGUCAAUAUGUGAUUCUGAAUGCAAACAGUGAUUCAAAUGCAGCAUUGAAACGUGCAUCGAUGAUACCACCUGGUCACAGUAUAAAGGGUACAUUGAUUGCCCAUCUUCAUGAGCACAAGUCAUCGGUAACGAAAUUGACAGCACUCAGUUCCAGUUCGUCACUCUUUGCGAGCGCCAGCACUGACGGAACCGUACGCUUAUUCGACUGCAACAAAUUGAAUGGUCAUCAAAGCAUCAAUAAAUCGCGUCAAAUGUAUUCGGCCAACGUUCCAAUAUAUUCCAUAGCAGCCUGUGAUUCUGGGCAAUCGUUAGCGGUUGCUGGCAAUGACGGAUCCUUGCUACUACUACAAAUUGAUCCAAAUUCUUCAAAAAUGGCACUACAACAAGCAAGACAUCUAGUGCAAAAUGCCGGUGGCUACAAUGGUUUCGACGAUGGGCCCGUUGUUGAUAUGCAUCCACUCGAUCCAGAUUCACAAAGUGUGAUUAUUUAUGCAACAUUAUACGGUGCUAUAAUUUGCUGGGAUCUUCGGAUGCCAACUAAUGCAUGGCGUUUGAAUAGUGAUCUCAAGCAAGGUGUUAUCACAACAUUUUGUAUCGAUUCGAAUCAUUCAUGGAUGGCCAGUGGCACAAGUCAUGGCAAUCACAUUUGUUGGGAUCUUCGUUUUAAAUUGCCAAUCGCAAAAAUCCAACAUCCAUCUGCAACACGUAUACGAAAAAUAAUUCCACAUCCAACGGAAUCGUCAUGGUUGAUAUCCACAUCGCAUGGAAAUAAUGAGGUUUCAGUGUGGAAUAUUGAAACCGGUCAUCGGCAAGCCGCAUUAUGGGCCAGUAAUGCACCACCUUUAUCGAAAGAAUCGAAAAAUACGUCAAGUGUCUGUGGAAUAGUAUCGUGCAUUGUAGAUCGAUCACCUGUCCUAUUUACGGGCAGUUCUGAUCAACGUAUACGUUAUUGGGAUCUAAAUACACGAACAAAUUGCACAAUGAUUGCACCUGCUAGCCGUGAUUACGCUACUGGAUCCAAUUUCUCUUAUGACUCAAGACUCAUAGAUGGAACGCGAGUUAUCUAUGAAGUUCAAAUGCAAAAUAAAUCGCAUGCGAUUGCAUCGGGUUUGACAAAUACAAUGAAAUCAGACGAUUAUUCACCAAGAUCGGGCCCCGAAAUGCCUCUACCAUCACAUAAUAAUGUUGUAACCGAUUUACUGUUGUGCCGAACUCAAAAGUACCCCGUACUUAUAUCUUCAAGCAGAGACGGCGUGAUCAAACUAUGGAAAUAAAUAUGUUUAAUGUGUUAUGAAUAUGAAAUAAAGUUUGUUCCUUCAAUGGAAGAAAAAUAUCAAUCUAUUGCUAAGUAAUGAUAU